AUGAGUAACGCAAGCAUUGCCCCCCUGUUAACAAAUGUUAAUACUACUAAAACCAGAAAAGAUAUCAAAGGAAAAAUCAAUGUGCAGCCAGAAAAUCUGUCACAACAUGAGGUCUUGGCAGAGAUUCUUAAAAAGCUGUCCAAAAUUGAAAGAGACUAUGAUAUUACCGAAAGCCUGCCAGGAUCUACAUAUGAUCCAGAAUUUAAACAGGAGGAUAGUGACACAAACAAAAAUAGGAAAAAUGAUAAAAAUAGGGCCCAAUGGGAUAGUAUAAAUAGCAAAAGCACAGAGGACUAUUUUAAAGAAUUAGAUGUAAAUUGGGAGCAAUCUGAAAGAAGUAUUAAAAAAGGCAUCAGUCAGAAAUCAAAGUAG